GAUCUGCACGUCUGUCAGUGUGAGCACGUUUCACUCUGCAGUAUCUUAGCUCUCCAGAGCAGUUCCCGAAAUAGGCUUCGGCACAGCUGUGUCUACCUUGAGACGGGGUAGCGACUAGAAAUAGCGUCGGGGAUCUCUUAACCUGGUGGAUUUAAACAGGAUUGCGGUGUCUGCUCUCCGUGUGGUACCACCGUUUUCUCAAACCUGACCGUUUACCGGAUUAAUGUCGAUCGCAUUAAAUCAAAUAGACUGUGCAUCCGGCGGACGCCGCGCUAUAGAACUGUCCAAGGUGCUGAAAUGCUAAAACCGCCGGUUUCUGCGGCAGACAGUUCUGACUGGUGUACUGUGUUGCUGUUUUAAAAUACAAAGCAGAUAGACGGGGCAUGGACAAUCGAACUGGAAUGUAAAAUACAUUAUUACAUAAAUGCACUAAUAAAUAAAUAUAUCUCGGAGUAAAUGGGAUUUCACGUUUUUGAAGCAGCAUGUAAAAAUUGUCUCAAGAAUGGAGCAUUUUUCUUUGUCGGCUGUGCUUCUAAUUCUCAGCUGUGGUAGUGUUUGCUUGGUGGAAGCGGACAGCCCGACAGCUCCCGUCAAUGUCACGAUCAAACAUCUGAAGGCGAACUCUGCCGAGGUGUCAUGGGACACCCUGGACGCGGACAUUGUCAUCGGCUUCGCAAUCUCACAGCAGAAGAAGGACAUGCUGCGCUUCAUUCAGGAGUUGAACACCACCACACGGUCCUGCACUCUGUGGGAUCUGGAGCAGGACACUGAGUACCUCGUCCAUGUCCAGUCCAUCAGUCUGAGUGGGACCAGCCCGGCCAGCGACCCCGUGCUCUUCAGGACGCUGAAAGAAGCAGAGAAGCAACAAUCCAAGAGCAAAGAUGAAGUGACGAUGCUGGAGGUUGGAAACAGCACACAGCUGCGAGCGGGAGAAAUGAUUAUCAUCGUAGUGGUUUUAAUCAUGUGGGCAGGUGUGAUUGUCCUGUUCUGCAGGCAAUAUGACAUCAUCAAAGACAAUGAACCAAACAACAACAAGGAUAAAGCCAAGAACUCAGAGUCCGAGUGCAGCACACCAGAGCAUCCGACUGGGGGGCUGCUGAGGAGCAAGGUAUAGGCUACCCCACGCUUCAGGGCAGUUCCCUUAAAACAACAAGCCAUCCGUGAACAUCAUCAAAGCCUAACAAGAAGGUGUUUGCCCAGCAGGCACAGCCUAGUACAAAAUGCCUUGAAGCAGCAGCAGCAAAACAGAGACAGAGAAGCUUCGCCCUGGGAAUUGCCCUGUCCAGAAGUUUACAAGAGAAGGAAGCAGCAGGAAGGGUGUAGCGGGUGGAGCAGAGACGUCUACAUUGGUGUGACCCCUUAAUAGUUUUAAUUAAGUCCCGCUUUAAUCAAGAGGAAAUCAAAAGCCUACAUGAACAUACUCGCAUUCAGUACACCUCAUAGUGUGUGGAACAAAAACUGACAAAAUUCAUCGUUAGCGUUGCUAUUCAAAACACUGUACUUGAUUAUUUAUUGUCUAAUUCUAACAGUAUCAUGAUUGCUAAGCUCCAGACAAGCAAGGGAUUCUGAGAAGACCACUUAACAAGUCUGCUUCUGAUGCUUAUGAAGAGAACAAAGCCUCUUAACAAGUCUGCUUCUGAUUGGUUCUUGAUGCUUGCGAAGAGGACAUUUUCUGGACGCCUAGUUAAUCGAUAGCAACCGCAGCUGUCAGGACCUUCAGGGUACUAACACAGUUUGAGAAAACCUGCUUUCACUUGGGCUUGCUUUUAAUAUCCUACAGGACUCUCACAUUUUGUUAUAAGCAUUAUUAAUCAGUGUUUUUGUGGGGUUUUUUUUUUAUUGCAUUUCAAAGAAAUCUUUCAAGUAUUUGUCAGUAUGUUUUUUUUUAUCUGUAAAAAAAAAAUGAAAAAAACUCUCCAGCACUUGAGUUAAUUCUCUUGAAAAGCACAGACAUUGACAGUAUUUGCCGCCUGUUAUCCUUAAACCUCAUUGAUAUUACUAUUAUUAAUAUUACUAUUUUAAAAAAAGAUGCCUGAUGGUUUGAUGAAAAUCUUGAUUUUAAAAAUCCUGGAUGAUCAUUUGCGAUCUCUCGUCAUCAUUUUUGAACAGCGAUUAGCUAAAUAUUACAACAAGGUGCCUUGAUUUUUCAGGCAUCUAGGUUCUACUCUUCUGUCUUUAAACAGGUUGAGAUUCGUAAUACUGGUAACAUGAGUAAGUCUGCUUUAUUUGGCCUCAGCACACUGCACUCAGGUGUCUGCUGGCCACUGUUUUCUUUGAGGUUUCCUCUGGAGAAACCUGUACAUUUGAUUUCACUUCUUCUAAGACAGAAUAAAAAGACUUUGCUGUUCUACAUGUCUGCAAUAAGCGGUAAUUUCUGCAGGAAUUCUGAGAAUAGGUUUUACCCAAUAUACAGUAACCCUCAGGCUAAUGACCUAAAAAAAAAAAAAAAAAAAACUAAAUGCACAGGACUUAGCUACAUAAUCCCCCUUUCGAUUUUUCACAACACUUGUUUUUGAUUAUUAUUCCUCGUAUGGCUUUGUACUUCUGUUUUCACUAUCUUAAAGUCCUACUCUGCUGUGCUGACAUUCUUUGGUCGUGAUUAUUUAUUAUUAUUAUUUAUUUCUUAGCAGACGCCCUUAUCCAGGGCGACUUACAAUUGUUACAAGAUAUCACAUUAUACAUUAUUUCACAUUAUACAGAUAUCACAUUAUUUUUACAUACAAUUACCCAUUUAUACAGUUGGGUUUUUACUGGAGCAAUCUAGGUAAAGUACCUUGCUCAAGGGUACAACAGCAGUGUCCCCCACUGGGGAUUGAACCCACAACCCUCCGGUCAAGAGUCCAGAGCCCUAACCACUACUCCACACAGUUUUGGAAUGACUCGUGACCUUGUUGGAAGACGAUCAGUGGCACUGCACUGGCAUUAAGCCUCCAGCUCAUGAGAACUGGGGAAUUUGUCUCUGCUGUUAUAGUGCACUGCUGUUUGGUUCUUUUUUUAAUCACUAACAAUCGGCCUUGGACAAUGAUAGGCAGCUGCUAAUGGUUAUGUUCUAGGUUAGAGGCUUGCGUAAGCAGGAGUACAUGCAGCCGCUCAGUUUUCUUCUCUGUGAAGAGUUUCAGAAGGGCAGGACAUUUAUAAAAACUAACAGAUCACAUAUGGGCAGAAUGCUGCUGACAGGAGUUUGAGAACAGAUGCUUGAAUCAAUCAAAUUUGAUUAUUGCAAAUGUUCCUGUUUCUUUCAGUGCGUCCUCGUCAACCCCCGUGAUAUGACCCCCCAUGAUAUGACCCCCCCAUGCAAAGCUUUUACAAUAAAAUAAAACAGUUCACGUCAAGGUACAAGGUCCUAAUUUCAGAAAAAGUAAACAUGAACAUUUGUGCAUUUCUAAUAACAAAUGCUUUUUCCCCCUUUUACCAUCAUAAAAUAAAUGAAUGUAAUUUUCAUGCUUCUUGAAACGAAUAAAACAAAGUAGUUUUCCAAACUGAGACACAGUGCGGAGCUGCUCUGUGUCAUGAAUAGCACGAGUCGAUGGGAAUGGCUUGUGAUUUGCUUGCUGAUGUUUUAUGACAGGCAGUUAGGAAAGCCUGACAGGAGCGAGGACUUGCUUCAGACACAUUACCUGAAUCAAGUUUCGGAAAAAUGGCUUUUGAAACUGGUCAAAUGAAUAGCAAUAAGUAUAAUGGAUACACUUCCGAAGCACAAUUAGACUGUACUGUACACAUUGAUUUAUCCCUUUCUAAUGGAUACCAAAAUGUGUAUCUACUAGAAUCAGUACUGUAAAGCCAUACUGAUGCAAUACUGAAUACUGUAUAGACCGGCUGGCCUGUGCUGCAUGUAUGUCUGCAACACAAGCCCAAUUACCUUGAUAUUUAUGGAUGUUUGUAUAAAAAUAUCAAAACAUAUGCAAUUACUGUAAAUUGAAUAUAUACAUGGCACACGAAUAGGUACAGCACACGUCAGUUAGGUAUUUUCUAAUCGCGAUUCAGUAUUUAGUAUUACUUGUACUUGUCAGUUCAAUCAGGGCAGCUCCUCACUUCCAAGGCAGACAAAAACAAAGAAUACAAAUCGCCCCGAAGUCAUUAUCAUGGUCAAAAAGACAUGCAAUUACCGCUUCACAGUGCUUCUAUUGCGUAGCAGCUUGAUCCAUUCCAGGUUUCACUGAGAUCUCGGGAAUACCACGGCUAACGAAAGGAUCGCGCAAUUAGAUUGCGUGCGCGAUCCUCUAUUGGCCCUGGAUAGGAGAUCAGGUGUUGCGACUUCAGUUUAGGAAAAUGGGCUGGAGGUAAGGCAGUUUUUCUUUUGCUGCAAUCUCUAAUCAAUCUUUUUUUUUCUUUUUUUUUUUCUUUUUUUUUACAUUCUCAGCAUUUAAUUCUUGCUCCCAGAAAACACAUUGGCCAGAACCUUAAAAUGCAAAGUUGCAGUAAAAACAACAAAAGCAAGCAUAUUGACAUGUUAACUUGUUAUGACAGCAGGUGUUGUGUGAAGAAGCAUGGAUAAUAUAAAGGUAUUCAUUAUGUAAAGUAUGCUGUUCAUAUUGCUCUGUAUGUAAUGUAUAAUACCAACUGCUUUACAAAGAGGGCUAGCAUGGUUCAGCUAAUAUGCACAAAUGAGAUUACACACUUUCUAUUAAGGACUGUAUAUAAACCUGAUAAUGUAUUAAAUGUAAAUCAAAUAAAGUUAUCUAAUAUUUUCAAA